CGCAGAGCCACAAUUUCUCCCUUGGCUUACCACUCUUUCAUCAUCAACCCCGUCCCGUAAUCCUGGCUGAGCCUGCGCACUCUCGUUUUUCGUUUGCAGUGAUCUGGUUUCGACUUCGUAUCAUGGCGACUGUUCUUUAAACACGACACGCUUUCCCAGAAAUCUUGUAAUUUAAUUGCGCCCAUCUUGCCUCUUCCUUCCCGGUCAGACCACGCCGUACCACAGCAUCUUCCCAGUCAGAUCAACCCCGGACUACAGCUUCACCAUGUCCGACUUGUAUCUUUCCCGGAUACGUAGCUGGUUUAUGAGCUCGCCCCCCGCUGAAUGGGCCCUCAACCGCCUCCGCUCGACCCUCAUCGGUGCCCUCUCGCAGGGGCCCAUCCCUCAGCAUGUCGCCUUUGAGAUGGACGGCAACCGCCGGUACGCGCGGAGCCACAAGAUAGAAACAAUCGAGGGUCAUCAUUUGGGCUUUGAAGCUCUUGCUAGGGUGCUCGAGGUCUGUUACAAGUGUGGCGUCAAGGUCGUGACGGUUUACGCCUUCAGUCUCGAGAACUUCCAUCGCCCCAAGUACGAGGUCGACGGGCUUAUGCAGCUUGCAAAACUCAAACUAGAACAGCUCAUACAGCACGGAGAGCUGCUUGACCGAUAUGGCGCGCGUGUGAAGGUGCUGGGGCGCCUCGAUUUGAUCCCCCCGGAUGUCCUGGAAGUUGUGGAGAGGGCCGCCGCUACGACCAAAAACAACACGGAUUGCGUCCUCAACAUCUGCUUCCCUUACACGUCAAGGGAGGAGAUGACGACUGCGAUCCGAACCACCGUUCGGGAGUAUUCGACCACCCCACGCCCGCACAGCACCCCGUUUUCUCAGAGCAGGAUAACGCAGAAGAUUCUGUCCAAGCAAGCCGGCAAGCCGGACCCGCUCGAGCCCAUCAGGGAAUCGCCGUCCCCAACCCCCUCCUCGACACAGUCCGACGACCAGGAUGACGCCGUGUCGACCGCGACGACCCUGCACUCCGACUCGACGGCCGUCAAGAGCGGCGGUGACGAGGAGACGGUGGCCAUAUACCCUAACGCGGAGACCAUCACCCCGGAGACCAUCGACAGCCACAUGUAUACGGCUGGUUGCCCGCCGCUUGACAUUUUCGUGAGGACCAGCGGCGUUGAGCGGCUGAGCGAUUUCAUGCUGUGGCAAUGCCACCAGAACACCGAUAUCUUCUUUCUCAAGUGUUUCUGGCCCGAGUUUGACCUGUGGAGCUUCCUCCCGGUGCUGGUGGAAUGGCAAUGGCGACAGAAGCAGAAGGCGAGGGACGAGCGCCCACGGCGCAGAGUGAAGGAGGCAUGAAGCUCUGAUUGAUUGUUUAAUGUAAUAGAAGUGCCACCAUAGACAUUAGUUACACGGGGCGAGGCGUUUGGGACAGCGGCAAGUCGGAUAUUCUUCUCUAUUUACAUAUUCGAGACCCUCAUGUUGGGCCGCAUCCAAAAUCCUAAGAGUUCAAGAAGUCAUCAAAUGUAAUGAUGCAUACGGCCAAGCCAAU